AGACAUCCUCUCGGAGGUAUUAGGAGUGUAAUCGUUUGAUCCUGUAAGGCUCCAGCUGCAGGUGGCCGCGUGGCUUCGCUCGGCUUCGAAAAGAAUGACGUCUCGUCUGGUGAAAGUAUGCAGACUGCUUUGCGUCACGUUGACUUUACCCUUAUACCUGCUGGACACCACGGGCCUGUACGGUAUGUACAAGCGCGUGUUUCCCCUGCUUGCGUACAACAUUACGUUUUCGUACAACGAUAAAAUGCACGAAACGAAGAGGGAGCUCUUCCGAAACGUCGCCACAUUCGCGAACGACCACGGUGCCCUUCGUCUGCUGGAGAUCGGCUGCGGCAGCGGGGCCAACUUCCGGUUCUACCCGUACGGCUGCACGGUGACCUGCGCCGACCCCAACCCUCAUUUCGAGAAGUACCUGCGGAUGAGCAUGCGCGCGAACACGCACUUGACGUACGGCGCGUUUAUCGUGGCCUCCGGGGAGAACAUGGAGGAGGUGAAGGACGAGUCGGUGGACGUCGUGGUGUGCACCUUGGUCCUCUGCUCAGUGACCGACGUGCGGCGCGUGCUGCAGGAAGUCCGCCGCGUCCUCAGAACGGGUGGAGCCUUCUUCUUUCUGGAGCAUGUUGUCUCAGAUUCCUCUUCCGCUACAUACUUCUUACAGCAUGUGUUUGAGCCUCUGUGGUACUAUCUUGGAGAUGGAUGCAUGGUUACCAGAGCAACGUGGAAAGAUCUAGAGGCCGCUGGUUUUUCUGAACUUCACCUAAAACAUGUUGAGGCUCCAAGGGUUUCUAGGAUGAUAAGAGCACAUAUCAUGGGGUAUUCUAUUAAAUGACUGCAGGGCCGAAGUCAUUGUGCCUCUUAAGGAAUCCAGAAAGUUCAGCCAGUGGCAUUUGUCACCAUGAGAAUAUUUUUUGAUUUUCACCCAUAGCAAUCUGAUUAUUAGUUUUCUUUCUAGACCCCAUCAUGUAAGAACACUUCAAUUGGUCCAGUAUUAACAUUCAUAAGAAAACACUGGGUUCAAACUCAAAAGUCUUAAUCUUUCAUGUGAACUAAAUAUGUACAUUUUCAUUACCAUUGAACAAAGUUACACUAGCCACUGCAUUUGAGUGAAAAUAUAUUUAUGUAUUUACAGAAUCAGCAACAUUUCAUACAGUUUGUUCAUCUUUCCCACGCUUACCAAGAUGUACAUUAAUAAAUAUUACCUGGACACUG